GCAGGAUCCUGGCUUCACAUCAGAAGCAGAUCUUGGCACAAUGGGAAAGGCCGGAAAGGGUACCGGAAGUUUUGGUAAGCGCCACAACAAGACACACACUCUGUGCAGACGUUGUGGAAGGCGGUCUUUCCACAUCCAGAAGAGCCGCUGCUCAUCAUGUGCUUACCCAGCAGCUCGCAUCCGCAAGUAUAACUGGAGCCAGAAGGCAAUCCGCAGGAAAACAACAGGAACUGGCCGUAUGCGCCACCUCAAGGUCGUGCUCCAGAAGUUCAAGAACGGCUUCAGGGAGGGUACUCAGCCUACCCCCAGGCCUGCAGCUACUUGAUUCCACUGGAUUAAAAUGGACACAGUGACAGCAAUCUAGCAGCAGCAGCUCACGUGAGGGAAGGGGUUUGGACUCCAUGGAAUAGAGUGUGUGGACAGCCACUAUCUGCUGUAUUUGCCGUGUCACGGCAGCAGCGGAUUUGGGGAACGUACUGACCUGGGUGCAUCAGUCAAGGUCUGACACUGGGCGAGCAAAUCUCUUCUUUGGCGGUGAUGUACCCUGGAGAUGGUUGCGUUUCUCUUGUGGCCUGACUCAGCAUUGGAUGCUGUCAAUCCAAAUCUGUAAACAAGUGCAUCU